GCCCUUGUUGCAAUAAAGAUGAAGUUUCAAUGGCUGUAUUUAUCGUUUGUGGCUGUGUCAGUGGCAGCAGUGAGUGGUAACGCUGACCUUCUGUUGGCAGAGCCAUGCGACGCUCAGUCAUGCAGUCUUCCCGACUGUCAAUGCUCAUCUACGACUAUUCCUGGAAAUUUAGCAGCAAGAGAUACGCCUCAGUUUGUAACAUUAACAUUUACUGGCUCAAUCUCGCCAACCAACAUGGAUACAUACAGACGACUCUUUUACUUUCGUCAAAACUCCAACGGUUGCAGCGUUGGUGCCACUUUCUUUGUCAAACAUGAAUAUACUUACUACCAUUUGGUAAAUGAGUUGUACAACCUAGGAUUUGAGAUUGCACUUAAUUCAAUCAGUCAUAGAUAUCCGCAGUCGUUUUGGGCAGAAGCUACUUAUGAAGACAUAGUGGAAGAAAUAGCAGGACAAAAAAGUCAAUUAGCUUAUUUAACGCUCAUUCCCAUUGAUGAAAUCAAAGGUGUCCGUUUUCCAUUUCUCCAAACUGCAGGCAAUGUUAGCACCCAAGUUAUGAAAGAAAACCGUCUGUACGAUUCGUCGUGGUCUACAGUUGCUUUCCACAACCCUGGUCUAUGGCCAUAUACUUUGGACUAUGCUUCUACUCAAGAUUGUAAUGCUCCUCCUUGCGCGACCGCUUCGUUUCCUGGAGUUUGGGUGUCCCCGGUGAUCACUUGGAGAGAUUUGCAGGGUUUUCCUUGCUCUUCAGUUGACGCCUGCACAUUUGUACCCCGCUACGACGACGAGGAAGGAUGGUUCCAGUUCAUUAUGCAGAAUUUCGAAAGACACUAUCUCGGUACGCGGAGUCCAUUCGAGGUGUUCAUUUCGCAGGGAUUGAUUGCCACUGACCCCGCCAUAUUUAACGCACUUGAAAGGUUUAUUGAAUUCAUUACAAGACUCCCUAAUGCCUUCAUGGUUAAUAAACGUGACGUAAUCGAAUGGUCAAAGAACCCAGUGCCUAUUGACGAGUACCGACAGAAGGAUUGUCCAUCCAUUACACCAACGAUCUCCUGUACUCCGAGGUAUUGCAGUGCGACCAUGGACAAUGACGUAAGUUAUUAA